AAUUAUUAAGUGUAUUUGAAGAAGCAAUCUACAGCUGCAUUAUUCAAGAUGUCUCUGUACGAUGGAUUAGACAUGGACAGUGACAAGGGUGGAACUGAAACAAAGGCUGAUGUUUCUGCCUGGUCUUCAAGCUAUAAACUUUUGAUGUCACAACUUCAGGCAAAGAAAGUUUCACUUGUACAAACAAAGCGACAACGCCAGAAUGCAACCUUAGCACCAGUUGUGGACCUUAAAAGGAAUGCUGAUUCUUCAGAACUACACUUCAAUCUACAGACAGGCAGGCUUGAGAGUAGAUCUGGAGGUGAAGGUGGAGGAUCUAGCAGCAGUGGUGGGGGUGGGGCUGGGCCCCCUGUAGCCAUGGGAGGAUCUCCUUUCCUACCCACAGACCCAGUGCCCUCCCUUACUGGUGUCAGUGAUGAAUAUAACCCACUCAGACCAAAUGAUUAUGAAGAAUUUAUGAAGAAAAGAAAAGAACAAAGACAAAAAGAACGAGAAGAAGAAAGGAGAAAAGAUGGUGGUAGUGAAGAACAGGAAAGAUUUCCUCCCGAACGAGGAUCAGGCAGAAAGAGGCGUGACCGUGAUAGGGACAACACUCCUGACCACUUUGGUCUUAGUGAGAUGGAAAGAGCCAGAAGAAGGAAAGAGGAGGAGGAAGAAGAAGAGUAUGAACACAAACCACGAAACAAAAGUCAGGGAGCUGCCAUCGCUCCUCCAUCCUCUCUUAUCAACGAGGAUAUGAUCAUCAAAGAGGAGCCCAUGCCAGAUAGAUCCAGGUCCCCACCUAAUCCUAUGGGCUAUACAAUAGGACUAGGUGGUUCUGUUGCCUCGAAGAUUAUGGCUAAAUAUGGGUACAAAGAAGGACAAGGUCUUGGCAAGUCGGAGCAAGGCAUGAGUACUGCGCUCCAGGUGGAAAAGACCAGCAAGCGUGGUGGCAAGAUUAUACAUGAGAAGGAUAUCCCUAAAGAAUUACCUAGAGAACCAACACCUAAUACUAACUUGUUGAAAAAUCCCUCCAAAGUAAUUCUACUGCGGAACAUGGUUGCUCCAGGCGAUGUUGAUGAAGAAUUGGAACAGGAGACAUCUGAAGAAUGUUCCAAAUAUGGCCGUGUUAUUAAAUGUGUCAUAUUUGAGAUUCCAGGUGGUGUGGAGGAGGAGGCAGUGCGUAUAUUCCUGGAGUUUGAGAGAGUAGAUGCUGCGAUUAAAGCCGUCAUUGAUCUAAAUGGAAGAUAUUUUGGUGGACGUAUCGUGAAAGCUUGUUUCUACAAUUUAGAUAAGUUCCGAAGGCUUGAUUUAGCAGAUGAAGUUGAAUGACAAGGAUGUUUCUUGAGAUUGAGUGAUUGAAUUAGUGUGUGAGAGAAUGAUAAAUGACAAUUGUUAUAAAAUUACAAUACCUUUAUAAACAACUGUUAUGAAUUUUACAUGUAUUGGAAAUAGAUUGUGUGUCUGCAUUUACAUUAUCUUAGACCUAAAGAUAAAAAGUAUCAUGUGCUAUGAAUCUUCAUGUCUUUUGUCAGUGAAAAAGGAAUCAUAUUAUUAAAG